AGAACGAUGGCACUGAGGGGGAGAAGGACGAUGACGGCAAGAAGUCCAAACGACGUCCACGACCCGAGCCGCUCUUCAUCCCUCCACCCAAGCCCAGUUUGUUCAUCGUCCCGCCGGUCUACUCCAGCAUCACGUCGUACCAGAGCCACCUUCGCUCUCCCGUUCGCCUCACUGACAACGCACUCACCAUACCCCCCUACACGCCUCCGCCAAUCCUCAGCCCCGUUCGAGAAGGCUCCGGCCUUUACUUCUCUACGUUCCUGUCGUCUGCUGCCGCCGGCGGCCCGGGUCUGCCUCCCCCCGCCACUCCCAAGUCAGCAACUCGCAGCUUGUUGCGUUCCAACAGCUGUGACAUCACACCACCCGUUUUGUCUGCGAUGAGUGAGACCACUCCAGUUAGCAUCGAGCCGCGGAUCAAUAUUGGGUCUCGGUACCAGGCAGAGGUACCGGAGCUGAGGCAGCACUCGGCUGUUCAGCUGGACCACAAUCGAGCGGUGCUGGUGUGGGCGCCACUCAACGAAUUGGAGGAAAAACUGGACUUUCAGAAAAAGGUGGAAGACCUCAUGCACUUGGCCUGCUCCAGUGUUUUGUGUGGAGGAGGCACCAACCAGGAGUUAGCCCACCACUGUCUGCAUGAGAGCAAAGGGGACGUAAUGGCUCGGACAGGUGGACGGCAGCUGAGAGGCGCCUCUUCAACAAGGGCAUCGCCGCCUACAAGAAAGACUUCUUCAUGGUGCAGAAGGAGGUAACUACUAAAACGGUGGCGCAGUGUGUGGAGUUUUACUACACGUACAAGAAACACGUGAAGGUCGGCCGCAGCGGGUCGCUGCUUUUUGGCGAGGCGGAGCCGUUUGAGAGCAGGACGACCGAAGAAGAGCUGGACCACAAGGGCUCUCAACGACUGCAGCCACAGCACGAGGAUGACAGCAGGAAGUGGGAGGGGUCAGCUGACAGGAAACAGGAAGUGUGUCCCGUCAGGGUGACGCACACGCUGCCAUCCACUGACAAUCCCGGGACCGUACUGAUCAUGAAGGCCCAGGAGGACGUUGGCAGGGAGCAGCUGUUGUCCGGGCUCAUUCACCACGCUCAGCCGCCUCCUCCCAGCUCCAAGCCGCGCUUCGAUGGCAGCGCACGCAGGACGAGCCCCUCGGCGGGCAGCAAAGGCUCCGCCGGCCAGGAGGGGGAGUUCCCCUGCAAGAAAUGUGGCAG